AUGGGUCAGCAGCCUUGGAUGCUAGUUCGCAUGGCUACCAUAUUCUUUAUGACUAACCAAACGCUAGCUUUAUCAGAUAUAUUCGAAGAGGGCAAAUCCGACAAGGAGAUCCUGGAUAAUCUGCUGAAGACGACGCGCUACGACAAGCGCCUGCUGCCGCCGGUGCGAGUUAACACCUUACUCGAGCAGGCACGUAUUCAAGAGCAUGAUCGCACACAAUCGCUUACCGUUAACGUUAGCGUUUUACUGCUAAGUUUAGCUUCACCGGACGAAUCCAGCUUGAAAUACGAAGUGGAAUUCCUGCUGCAACAGCAAUGGUACGACCCGAGACUGAAGUACUCGAACCAGAGCCAGUACGACUACCUGAACGCCAUCCAUCAUCACAGCGACAUCUGGAUACCGGACACUUAUUUCAUCAUGCACGGCGACUUCAAGGAUCCCAUCGUGCCCAUGCAUUUCGCUCUCAGGAUCUACCGGAACGGGAGCGUCAACUAUCUUAUGAGGAGACACCUGAUUUUAUCCUGCCAGGGGAGUUUGCACAUUUUCCCAUUCGACGACCCGACUUGUACGUUCUCGAUGGAAAGCAUUUCCUACGAAAUGACGGCUAUACGAUACGUAUGGAAAAACGGCGAGGACGUUCUGCGAAAGUCUCCGAGCCUAAUGACCCUUAAUGCUUACCUCAUAAAUAAUUCAACGUUAGUUUGUCCAAUAAAGUCUAGUUGGAGAGGGAACUAUAGCUGCCUAAUGGUGGAACUAAUAUUUACGAGGGAUCGAGCCUUCUAUUUUACCACAGUAUUCAUACCAGGCAUAAUACUGGUCACCUCGUCGUUCAUCACGUUUUGGUUGGAAUGGAACGCCGUUCCUGCCAGGGUUAUGAUAGGCGUAACGACCAUGCUCAACUUUUUCACGACGUCGAACGGCUUCCGUUCGACGCUGCCGGUGGUGUCGAAUCUGACGGCGAUGAACGUCUGGGACGGCGUCUGCAUGUGCUUCAUCUACGCCUCCCUGCUGGAGUUCGUGUGCGUCAACUACGUGGGCAGGAAGCGACCCCUGCACAACAUCGUCUACAAGCCGGCGGAGAACAUUCUCGCCCAGAGCAACCAAAAACGAAAUUCAAUGCCAAUGGUUCCUAACGAAAUCAUAACUUGCACCAAUUGCGGACCAAAUCCAUGUACACACACUGCAAACAAUGGAUGCCCAGAGGUAUCUUUUUUGCAGGUGAGGAAAAAAGAGCCGCCCCAUCCGAUUCGAGUGGCGAAAACGAUCGACGUGAUAGCGAGGAUCACGUUUCCCACGGCCUUCGCGAUUUUCCUUAUAUUUUUCUUUUAUCACUACAAGAGCUUCACCAACGUCGCGCACGAGGAAUGA